CUGAUACUGUCUGAAAGCGGGGUCAGUGACCGCAGGGAUGUGUACCCCUGUGUGUCACACACACUUUUGCUUACAUUCCCUCAGUAGUUUCAUGAUCAUCACCCCUUUCCUGCUUGUCGAAAAAACGUACUUACUUAACAGCUUUCAGAGGAACUACAAGAGCGAUCUGCCUUUCAGCCACACAGAAGAAGGUGGAACUCAAAUAAACAGAUUACGUCUCAAACCCAAAUCAGCUCAUCAUGUGUACGGGGAAAUGUGCUAAAUGCACCGCAGACCUUCUCUUUCCAUUCAGCAUCAUAGCCAUAAUUGGAAACAUCCUGCUGUUUUUCCCUAACGGCGAGGUGUGGAGGACAGAGGAGAUCACAGAAAUCAUCUGGUUCUUUCCCGGAGUCAUCGGCGGAGGCCUGCUGGUGUGUUUGCCUGCGGUGGUGAUGAGGGCGGCUGGGGUCGAGGGCAGCUGCUGUGCAAACAGAUGUGGGAUGCUGCUGGCCAUGCUGAUGUCAGUGCUGGGAGCUGCUGGAUCAGUGUACUGUAUGAUCAUCAGUGUGAUCGGCCUGCAGGACGGGCCUCUGUGUGACACAGGAGACGGCGUCUUCAUCUACCCCUUCAUCAACACCACCGCAGAAGAGAGUUACCUGUUCAACCAGACGUGGUGGCAUGUGUGUGAGAGGCCGAGGAACGUGGCGAUGUGGAACGUGGUUCUGUUCUCCAUUCUGCUGAGCGUGGGGACGCUGGAGGCUCUGCUGCUAUUAGCGCAGGUGGUGAACGGGCUGAUCGGCUGCCUCUGUGGGACCUGCAUGAACAAGAACCAGCAGACACAGAUGGCCUGAAGACCAAACACACACACUCCAGCAUGAGGAUCUGCACAGCGAAGAAGAGCACAGCAACAUCCACACACACCUACAGGAGCUUACACACACAUCUACAAGAACACACACACACACCUACAGCAACAUCCUUCCACACAUCUGCAGGAACACACACACACACACACACACACACACACGCACACACACACACACACACACACACACACACACACACACACACACACACACACACACACACACACACACACACACACACACACAAUUUAAGAAAUAUCCACCCACCCCCGCUUAUUCUGGCUAGCUCCACACAAGCUCCUGACGUAUCUGUAACCAAUCAGCGGUCAGCUGCGUGUGUAGCUCCGCCUUUCUCGUGUUUUGGUACCCGUUUGAAAGGGUGCUGUAAUAGUGGUACGGUGCGGUUCGCCUUUUGACAGUGGAAACGGCUAUUAAAGCGUACCGAACUGUACCACUCAGUGUAAACGGGCCAGUAGAAUCAUAAUGUUCUCGCAGUGUAUUUUGUAAUGUCGAGCAGCGCUAGCUGUGAAGCCGAGCACAUGGUGCAGCCCAGAGUGAACCUUUUCACUUCAUCAGUGAGAAUAGAGUCUGCUUUAGCUGUAACCUGAUAUAUUUCUCUCUGCGAUGUGUACUGUGCAGCACAUUGGUCAACCUUUGGUUCUGUUUAAUAGUGCUUUAUAAAUAAACAUGACGUUGAACAGUG